ACAAAAAGGUGGUUUGAUCGCCUGCGACACACGCAAUGCACCACUUCAACUCACCACUUAUAAAAUCUCAUUCUUCAAGCUAAGUCUGUUAAUAUAGUCACACUAUACCACGCCCCAACCCAUACCCCUUCUAUGUUCUGCUCCAUUUCAUAAUUCAGGAAUUUUCGCUAGAUUCUUUGAGAAAAGCGAAAAUUCACGAUCUUAUCGUAUUGUAAUUUGUGUUGCUUUUGCUUUAUUUUAUAAUGAUUUGAGGGAAUUUCAGACAAAUGCAGUUCAUUUUAGUUUAGAAGACUGACCUGUGUUUGGAUCUGGUGUUGUUAUCGCCAGAUUACAUACUAAAGAGUAAAAACAGAGAUUAUAGGGACUGGAUGGAAAAUUCAUACAGUAUCGUCAAUGAAAAUGAAAGCUUGAGAGCUCGAGUGCGAUGAGCAUUUAGAGAGGAAUUGACUUCGUUUUUCCACUUCUUUUGAUCUUUUUGAGUUUUGUUCACUUCUGAAUAAUUAAAUUUGCUGGUUGGAAAAAUUUUGAAAUACUGAAGAAGCCCUUAGUCGUCCAAAUGUUUGCUAUACAAUUUGAGUGAAGCAGAGUAAAUGAAGCGGAGGUCGAUUUCGCAGAAAUUUCAUCAGAGAUGGAAAACGAAGCUUUUUGCUGUGAUUUUACUUGUAUUUUGUUUUGUGACUUUAGGGUUAAUGGAAUCGCUAUACAGCAGGAUCAAGGUAUUAGCGUUAAUUUCCCCGCCUUUGGUUCAGAAGCCGAAAAUGGCGUUUCUAUUUAUAGCACGAAAUAGACUUCCACUUGAGAUGGUUUGGGAUGCAUUCUUCCGGGGUGAUAAAGGGAAUAGGUUUUCCAUCUUUGUUCACUCAAGACCCGGUUUUCUGCUUACUAAGGCGACUACAAGAUCAAGUUAUUUUUUGAAUCGCCAGAUUAAUGAUAGUGUGCAGGUAGACUGGGGAGAAGCAAGUAUGAUCCUGGCAGAACGCAUGUUGCUUGAAAAUGCAUUGAUGGAUCCAUUUAAUGAGCGGUUUAUUUUUCUUUCAGACAGCUGUAUACCUUUAUACAACUUCAGCUACACAUACGAUUACAUAAUGUCUGCCUCAACUAGUUUUGUGGACAGUUUUGCUGACACUAAGGAAGGUCGUUACAAUCCAAAAAUGCAUCCGGUGAUUCCAGUUCAGAACUGGAGGAAAGGAUCUCAGUGGGCAGUUCUCACGAGAAAGCAUGCAGAGAUUGUUGUGAAAGAUGACACUGUAUUCCCUAUGUUUCAAUCCCAUUGCAAGGCAAGUCUUCUAAUCAUUUUGUUGAGCAGUGUUAGUUUUGUUGCAAGAUAUCAGUUUCUGCAAUGAGCCGUUUGUUGAUGGGUACUUCCCUAUGAUGUAAUUUCAUUAGGAAGA